GCAAAGUUCACACGGCCCGUUAGUUCUGCAUUACUCAUUGCAACAGGCAGGAAACACACAUGACACAUUCAACGUCUCUCUGCAUCACACUCACACCACAGACUCACAGAGGGAGGGAGCAGAGGAGAGGAGGUGAACCACAGAAGGAGCAGAGGAGACGCUGAGAGCCUGCACACUGGACCGAUCGAGCGCCUUCAAAGGGAACAGACGAAGAGCGAGACCAGAGAGGAGCAGGAAGACGUAAAGGAGAAGUUCAAACCUGAACUACAAAAGUCCGGCGUAAACGCUACGCAGAAGAGAAAGAGCUGCGAAAGGCAAACAGACGAAGAGGAGCAGGAGGAGAACGUGCACAACCAGAGGGGGAGACCCUCACCCUUUAAGGAGCAGGGAGGAGGAUUAGACAUAUAAGGAGACGAGACAGCAGGGACGCCAACAUCGACAAAGGUGGAGCAAAAAGAGGAGCGGAGAAAGACGAGGUGAGGAGAGGUGAAGCAGCGGUGUCGUCAUGGAGGAGGACAUCAGGAAGCAGGGGGUGCUGUACCUCCAGCAGCAGAGGUUUGGAAAGAAGUGGAAGCGGGUGUGGUGCGUGCUGUACAGAGAAAGCUCCUGCUCCAUCUCCAGGCUGGAGUUCUACGAGUGCAAAGACGGAGGCAACGCCGAGAAGAAUGACAAAACCCUGCGCAAGCAGCAGGAGCACAAGAAGGUGAUCCGUCUGGCGGACUGUAUCCGGGUGACGGAGGUGGAGAUGGAGGGAUGUCCCAAAGACACCGGGUCCUUCCUGGUGGAGACCACGGAGAAGAUCUACGUGUUCGCCGCCGACAGGAACCAUCUGGAUGACUGGACACACAAGCUGUGUGAAAUCGCCUUCCCUCUUAAUCAGGGUGGUGGCUCUAGACAACAGACAGGUCAGAGGUCAACCUCAGACUGUGCAGAGUUGGGCCUCAGUGAUAACAACAUCCUCUCUGAUCAGAGCCUGCGUGACUUCAGGGUGUCCAUUCGGAGGACGGAGGCGUCUGAUCGCUGCAGGCUGAAGGGGGACGGCGUCCUGCGAGCUGGCAUGGACGCUCUGCACCUGCUGGACAAGGGAGGGGACAUCGUGUACACCUGGCCGUACAGAUACCUGCGGCGCUUUGGGCGCGACAAGGCCACUUUCUCCUUCGAGGCGGGUCGGCGCUGCGACUCCGGCGAAGGGAACUUUGAGUUCGACACCAAACAGGGGAACGUCCUUUUCCAGGCCGUGGAAGCUGCCAUCAACCUGCAGAAGGUCGCCCCUCCCCACAGACAGACCUCCGGGGGGGGCCAGGCGAGUCCAGACACCACCCAGAGCUUCAGCUUGCCCCCCCCACCGCACAGCCUGCCGCUGGCCCAGAGCAGGACGCUGCCUCAGUCCCGCAGCCAGAUGCCCCCGGCCGCUCAGGCAGCGGACGACGUGUACAGCAUGGUGAGCGAGCCGCCGAACCUCCAGAUGAUUCAUCACAUCGACAAAGAGAGCUGCAACGCCUCACAGCAACAGCAGCAGCGCCCCCAGAUGUGUCGUCUCGAGCCUCCGGUGGAUAAAACUCUGACCGGAGUGAAGAGUUUGAACCUGGACUCUCGCCUCCCCGCCCCUCGAAAGAAUCAGGUCAAGAUGAUCUCCAGCUGCCCCCUGCCCAACGCCAGCCCCGACUCCAGCCCUAAUCUGAACACCGGCCCCACCCCCGGCUCGGUCCCCAACCCCCGCCUCAGCCCCAAGCCGAGCGCCAAGCCGGAGCAGACGUACUCGCAGAUCACCAUGUCAACCGAGAGAGGCACCAAGAGGGAGAAGAGGAGCGCCAACGUGGCGGCGCCCUGCACCGGCAGCGAAGCAGACUACUCGCUGCCCUUCGACACCAUCGCCAAGAACGUCCUGACCGACAUCCUGAACUCUCACCGUACAGACAGCGGCCAUGCGGGCGCCGACCCGCUGUACGACAGCAUUGACGAGAUGAAGAUCAGGAACGUCUUCACGAGCGACGGUGACACCGUCAAGACGUUGGACCACAUCUAUGACGAGCCCGAAGGCUGCGCUGCCGCCGCCGCCAAAGGACAGAAAUCCACCCUCUCCACCUCGGUGUACGACGACCCCGAGGAGAUGAGAGGAGAUGCCUGGAGGAUUAUGGGUACAGCUGCUGACCCCAAAGGUCACGAGUACCCGUAUAACCCCCGAGUCGAUGACUACGCCGUGCCCAAACAAGCCCAGAGGGCGUUUCCCAAAUCACAAAGCAGCAACGAAGAAGCAGAAGAAGAAGCAGAAGAAGAAGCGGACGAGGAGAGUGAGGAGCCUGGAUUAAGGGAGGAGCUUAGAGAGCAGCGCCAGGAUUCGCCGUACAACAACGUGAUGGUGAAAAUGGCGUAGAAGAGAACCGAGCACCGAAGUUAGUUUUAAAGAAUUAUUUAUAAGUUGUAACUUUGAGUUUGGUUGAUCGAUGUCUCCUUAAGGCACUUUGUAAAGUUUAACUGAGCUCAGUGGCAGCGAGAGCUAACGGGCGCUGUCGGCGCCACCUGCUGGUUCUUACUCGCUUUCUUCAGUUUUAUUGCUUUUACCUUGAAUGUGGGCGCAGCUGUGAUGAUGUUACUGGAAACGUGUCGCAUGUUCAUGUGUUGCAACACGUGCAGCUGUGUUACUGUGAGGACAAUAAAGUCAAACUGUAGCGUC